UUAACGACGUAACUAGACCUGUCAGCAUCUCUUCUACGCGAGAAGUAUGUGGACGAUUGUGCGGAGAUAUCCGGAACGUGGUUCCUGCCUGGCGUUCGUGACCAUCGCAGGAAUCAUUCUAUACUUGACAGUGAUUGCUUUUCGUGGGCAAACGAGCUAUCUAAACAUUCUCAAGGCAAGGCGGGAAAGACAUACCACAAACAAUGAAUCUGUUACUAAUAAUUUGGCAACUGGAUUACAAUUGGCAACUACGAAUUCUACCACUUUUGGAUUUGAUUCUGUGAACUCUCUUGUUCUUUUCAUUGGUUAUCCACGAAGUGGCCAUACACUUGUCGGGUCUUUGUUGGAUGCUCAUCCUCAUGUUGUUAUUGCUAAUGAAUACAAACUGCUUCAGCAUUGGAGGUUGUUUGACAAAGAACAGAAAACAAGGAGUUAUGUAUUUGGGGAGCUGUAUCGUGAUUCAGAAAUGCAGGCUAAAGAAGGUUAUCGAUCGGCAACAGUGAAGCACAUUUUUAAUUAUUCUGUACCCAAUCAAUGGAAUGGCCAGUUUGACAAAUUUUUGCAGCUUAUUGGUGACAAACAUGGUCCAAAAACAACUGAAUUUCUGAAAAAUGAAAAUCAACGGACCAUUGUUGAUGAAAUCAGGCGCCGUCUCAAGGUUAGUGUUCGAUUUCUGCAUGUCGUCAGGAAUCCGUUUGAUGAUAUUGCAACAAUGGCUGUCAGACAAGUGGAGGGAAGGCAAUUCAUAGAGCAGGGAAAGGUGCUUGAUAAUCUCGAGGUGCUGAACAAACAGAUUCGUUCUUAUUUCUAUCUCAUUUCUAUCAAUUCUGUGUUGCUGAAAAAGUACAAUGUCUUGACUAUCUACAGCGAAGACUUGAUUGCCAAGCCCAAAAGUGUUAUCUCUACAAUUUGUGACUUUCUUGAGCUGAGGUGCUCUGCUAGAUAUCUGUUUGACUGUGCCAGUCUUGUGUUUGGAAAUGUAUCCAGAACAAGAAACAAUGUUGUCUGGACAUCGAAACAAAGAGUCCUAGUUGGUAAUGGGAUUAUGAAGUAUUCAUUUCUUCAUCGAUAUGCUGCUCACACUCUAAGCUAGAUUUUAAUUGAGACAAUUUAUCUUUUAUUGUAGACGUAACUGUUUCUUUGGUUUAAUUCUGUGUUAGCUGGAAACUAGCUGUUUGAUGAGGAAAUCAUUAUUAUAUAUGGGUUGGCUACAGUUGUUUAACACUUUUGGGGACAAUUUACUUUAUGUACUUAAUAGUGAAAUUUUACGGUUUAGUGCAA